AUGUCUUCCAUGCAGGCAGCCUACUUCAGCCCGGACAAGCCAGAACCCAUCAAAAAGAUCAUUAUGGGUUGGGUGAAAGAGAACAGUCAGAAAGUCUCACGCAUUCAUCAAUUCGGAUAUGGUUGGGAAGCAUGGUUGCAAGCUGAUUUGGGAUACCGUCUAGCUGUGCAACUAAACGGCGCCGGGCUGAGACGCGAGACGUUCGUCUACAAUGACCUGAGGCGUGUGGAUUUGAACAUCUAUGGUAACGCUGGUCCAACUCAGCCCUGGCACCUUUUCGAGUUCAAGUGCAAGACUCCCACUCAGAACACCACUGAAUUUAUCAGAGGUCUGCUAGACGAUUGGGACAAACUAGAGGAUGUUGUGAUUGGCAAAGAUCAUGCGAGGCUCUGGGCUGUCGGGUUCUGGGUGGAUGAUGAUAUGGGCAAACCCAACGACAAUCGCCUUGCAAACUGGAACUUUGAGAAGGGUAAUGGUGUCAAUUUCAUGUGGAGGAGCUGGUACAGCCCAAAACCCACUGCUAGAUUAUCUUAG